AUGGGUAAACGGUUGUUGUUGUAUCAUGAGGAUGAGGAUGAGGAUGAGGAUGAGGAUGAGGAUGAGGAUGAGGAUGAGGAUGAGGAUGAGGAUGAGGGUGAGGAUGAGGAUGAGGGUGAUAUGGUGGCGGGAAGCCUGGGGAUGCUACCAUUCGAACGGCAUCUCAGCUAUGCCCUGACCUUAUCAAGCUCCCUGAGCGCGAAAGCGGGAGGCAAGGGCUGGCUGGUGGUGGAGGAGAAACAUGCGAUCUGGGACUUCCUCAACCGCCGCUGCCUCGAUAUCGAUGCCCGCACGAGGAUGACUGCACAGGAGGCUCUGAGGCAUCCCUUCCUCGCUAGUGGUAUCAAGUAA